AUGGUUGCUGCUGGGGGUAAUAUUGAAUUGUUUCAGAUGUUAAGAAAUCAGAAGCUAACUAUUUUACAUGAGACAGGCGAGACUGUUUUACACACUGCCUGUUUUAAUGGCAGAUUUGAGAUGAGUAAGAUGCUCCUGGACAGUUUUUCAGAUUUACUGAAAUUCAAAGAUUUUAAUGGCAGUAGUGUCUUACAUACAGCUGCAAUUGGAGGUAACAUUGAAUUGCUGAAGUAUUUGUUAGAGAAAAGAUUAGAUAUCAAUGAGAAAACAAAUAUUGGGAAAACUGUGCUACAUCUGUGUUGUUAUAAUGGUAAAAUAGAUAUGUGCAAAUUCUUGGUCAACACAUACCCUUACUUACUCGAUGUCACUGACAAUGCUGGUCAGAAUGUCUUACAUGAUGCAGCCUGGAGUGGUAACGUUGAUCUGGUCAUGUUCCUCUUGGAGAAAGACUUAGAUAUCAAAAGCACGACAAAUAACGAAAAAACGGUGCUACAUCUCAGUUGCAAGAAUGGUAAGAUAGAUAUGUGCAAAUACUUGGUCAACUCAUGUCCUUACUUACUCGAUGUCACUGACAAUGAUGGUCAGAACGUAUUACAUCAUGCAGCCUGCAGUGGUAACGUUGAUUUGGUUAUGUUUCUCUUGGAGAAAGACUUAGAUAUCAAAAGCACUAGAAAUGACGGGAAAACUGUGCUACAUCUGUGUUGUAAUAAUGGUAAAAUAGAUAUGUGCAAAUACUUGGUCAACACAUACCCUUACUUACUCGAUGUCACUGACAAUGCUGGUCAGAAUGUAUUACAUGAUGCAGCCUUGAGUGGUAACGUUGAUUUGGUUAUGUUUCUCUUGGAGAAAGACUUAGAAAUCAAAAGCACUAGAAAUGACGGGAAAACUGUGCUACAUCUGUGUUGUAAUAAUGGUAAAAUAGAUAUGUGCAAAUACUUGGUCAACACAUACCCUUACUUACUCGAUGUCACUGACAAUGCUGGUCAGAAUGUAUUACAUGAUGCAGCCUUAAGUGGUAACGUUGAUUUGGUUAUGUUUCUCUUGGAGAAAGACUUAGAAAUCAAAAGCACUAGAAAUGACAGGAAAACUGUGCUACAUCUGUGUUGUAAUAAUGGUUAAAUAGAUAUGUGCAAAUACUUGGUCAACACAUACCCUUACUUACUCGAUGUCACUGACAAUGAUGGUCAGAACGUAUUACAUCAUGCAGCCUGCAGUGGUAGCGUUGAUCUGGUUAUGUUUCUCUUGGAGAAAGACUUAGAUAUCAAAUGCACUAGAAAUGACGGGUCAACUGUUCUACAUCUGUGUUGUAAUAAUGGUAAGAUUGAUAUGUGCAAAUACUUGGUCAACACAUACCCUUACUUACUCGAUGUCACUGACAAUGAUGGUCAGAAUGUAUUACAUGAUGCAGCCUUGAGUGGUAACGUUGAUCUGGUUAUUUUAUGAGAAAGACUUAGAUAUCAAAAGAACUAGAAAUGAUGGGGGUACUGUGCUUCAUCUGUGUUGUAUUAAUGGUAAGAUAGAUAUGUGCAAAUACUUGGUCAACACAUACCCUUACUUACUCGAUGUCACUGACAAUGCUGGUCAGAAUGUAUUACAUGUUGCAGCCUGGAGUGGUAACGUUGAUCUGGUUAUUUUUCUCUUUGAAAAAGGCUUAGAUAUCAAAAGAACUAGAAAUGACGGGAAAACUGUGCUACAUCUGUGUUGUAAUAAUGGUAAGAUUGAUAUGUGCAAAUACUUGGUCAACACAUACCCUUACUUACUCGAUGUCACUGACAAUGAUGGUCAGAAUGUAAUACAUCAUGCAGCCUUGAGUGGUAACGUU